ACACGCGAUGGCGUCCUUUUAGAGGAGGAGUUUUGACAUAUCUGUUUACUUAUUCUGAGUUCAUAUUAUAACGAAAUGGGAGGUGGGCAAUUACCAGCUGAAGUCUUGCCAAGAUGCAUUGCUUGACAUGGGGAUGCUGUUGCCUGGGUAAAUGCCAACAUGGGCUUCUUCUGUGACCUGGUACAAGUCCUCCCCCCUGAAUGAUGAGGAAAUAGAGGAUGCUGUGCAGAUGCACAGAAAGGCCUAAACUCGAGAGGAAGAACAAGAAGCUCUCUCCCCAUGUUUUUAUUUAAUGAUUUUGCAGACUGUGAAACAUUCAUGGAUGACAUGGACAAAAGAGUGUCAAUUUUGAGCUUCUCUGUUAAUUAUGUGUUGAUGAGGAUACCUUCUUAGCUGUCUUUAAACCAUCAGCUAAUGCUGGUUUCCACACAACAAAAAUACAAUGGGGGUAUUUCAGAAAGCAGGGUUAACAUACUCUGAGUUUAAACAACAUCUCUGGGUUGACUCACUCUGAGCUGUCAAACUCAGAGUUGACGGGUUCAGAACAGGUGGUAACAAUCAGUUCAGUUCACUCUGAGUUAAUCCUGAGUAAAGCACAUGCAUGAGGAGAUAAAAAGCCCUAAUCAAUGGAACACAGUCUAACCUAUUACUGAUACGAUUAGACUGAUACCUACAAUUCUGUAUAAUUAUUUUUAGAUAAGUCUUGUGGGUCUGUGACUUGGGAACACUACAAAAGUGUACAGUAAACGUUUCAGUGCCAGAGUCACAUUUCUGACAGCCCGACAGAUGUUGCUUUGGAAAUAUACUCAGUGUCACCGAUGUUAUACAGAAACCUGCAACACAAAGGUUUUUCCCAAACUGAGAGCAAGUCUCAAUGUGUCAUAGGAACAAUAUGAGGUCAGAGAUUAUUGUUCAGAUAAAUCAGUUCCGGAUCCAUGGCUGGGCAAAGUGAAGAAUCUGUGCCCCCCGUUUUGUUUCACCUUAAAUGGUAUAUGAACUAGAUAUGCACCCAUUGAUAAAAAAACAAAAAAAGCCCCCUGAGUCAUUUCAUCCUGGAGCUGCUCCGAAGAAAUCUCCGUCGGUAGAGGGUGAUCAGACACCACUUGUUUUACCCUUCCCUGAUGUUUAUCUGUUUGAGUGUUAACAUUUUUCUGCACAUUCAACAUUUAUCUCAGGACCAGCUCCAGGAUAAAAUGACUGAGGGAGCCUUUUUUUAUCAAUGGUGGGCAAAUCUAAUUGAUAUACCAUUUGCAGUGUUUAAGGGGAAACAAUGCCCACUUUGUCCCCUUGUGGAUCUGGGACUGAUUUAUCUGAACAAUAUUCUCAUCCCUCAUAUUUUGCUCAACUGUGCCUUCUACUAAUAUUAACAAGACGGCACAUACUGUGGUCCCUGUAUUAUUCACUAUCCUAUAUCCAAGGAGAAGCAGUCAUGAGCAGCUAUCUUAAAUAUAUUGGCCUACAGGCCCGCUUCAAGCAUAGAAAAGCAUACCACUCUUUCUACAUGAUUCACUAUGCACUGCCCUAUUAUUAUACAAUGUAGAAAACAAAGUAAAGAAAUCCCCUGGAAGCAGUAGUUGUGUCCAUACUUGUGCCUGGUACUGUACAUAGGCCUACAUAUAAAACUGAAGCUGUUCAAAUCAUCACGCCACCGAUCUUCAGGUCGGAGAGAGAGAGAUAGUCGUUUGCUGGAGUUUCCGAGUUCCUAUUCUAGAUUAUUUUGAAUUCAACCUGAAACACACAAAGGAAGACCUACGAAUCGGACUGUAACAGCCUGUUCCAAGAAAAAGAAGAUAUCCGCUUUUUUUUAAUCAGGGCACGUUUUCUUGAAACCAUCACGCUUUCGGAGAUUUACCUUUAUCAUUAUGUUUUGAAAGCCGCACCAGUCCGUUAGUGUAUACGGAUUUUCCGUUUUAUCUCUGAAGGAAAUGACGUUCACAAACCGGAAGACGAUAUCUGUUGCAUAUUUGCCACCGGUGUCAGAAGCAACACGAAUAGAUAGACAUAGAUUUGAUAUUUGCUCGGCUUGACUCUUCGUUUAAAUAUUCGUUCCCCCACAAUAUCGAGUUGUGAUAAAUGUAAUUUAUUGUUUGUGGUUCUAGUUUGAAGUAGAUUAAACCGAUGUCAUCAUAGUGAAGACUUCUAGUGCGUGGCUAGCUAGCUAGCUAGGCUCCGUUUCACGAGCUUGCAACGUAUGCCUUGUUUAUCCGCUGAGUUUGAUUGCUAGCUAGUCACAUUCAUACAAACUAGCGAGUUAGCCUUCCAACUUGGCCCGUGACAUUUUCUGAAGCUAUUAGAAAGUCUAGAUAUGGUUGACGAAUGUGGACACAGCUAGUUAGGGGGGGGGGUAGUCUGUGAUACUUUGCCGUUCUGCCUGGGAAUAACGUUAUCGAAUGAGUCAAACCAGUUAACGUUACAGUACUGUUGUCAGCUAAAAGCUCAGCAUGGACUUCGAAAAUGUCCUCUCCAUCGCCUCUCAAAACCAGGGCCUCAGUAGCGUACCGAAGCGGUAUAGCUUACAAACUGGACCACCAAAAAAGGACCCUAAAGUGAAAGGUGUCAACUCUGCAGCCGUCCAGGCUUUCUUGAAGAAAAAAGAGAUGGAGAAUAAAAAGAAAGAGCUCCUGAGUAUGAAGAAGAAAGAGCACCUUCUCGCUAAAAGGGUUGAGUUAAAGUCUGACCGCAAGGCUCGAGCAAUGGCUUCUCGGACCAAGGACAACUUUCGGGGCUACAACGGCAUCCCUGUGGUGGAUGAACCGAAGAAGAGGAGAUCACGGGGAGAUAGGGAAGAAGAGCAGCAUCAAAAUAACACUUAUGAUGAAGACUACGAGGAUAACUAUGAAUAUGCGCAGACAGACUCUGAGACAGAACCGGACCCCGAAGGACCCAGACAGACGGCUCCCAGCUCCAGUCCCAAACCCCCAAAGAGACCAGGCGGACCACUUAAACCUGCCCCUCCACCCAUGAACUUUACCGAGCUGCUCAAACUGGCUCAGAAGAAGCAGUUUGAGCCGGUGGAGGUGAAAGCUAAGCCAAGCAAGAAAGGCGAGCCGGAGAGGCUGCGGACGGCUGACGAGAUACGGGAGCUGGAGUUGGAACGCAAGGCCAAGAAACUGGGUAAAGGUGGCAAAGACUACAGGCCCUCAGAGAGAGAGCAUAAUAGGGACAAACAUAAGGACAGAGAAAGAGGCAAUAAAUCCCAGGCCAGCUUUAGUUCCUCGAGGAAAAGCACAUCCGACCGAGACAUAAACAAUGGGAAGCAGCCACUCAGAAGCUCGUUGGAGAGGCCGUUCUCCGGUGGGCAGAGCAAAAAAACAAAGCCUGUUCUGCCACCCUCCAAGUUGAGCGAGAGAAGUCAGCAUUGUUCAUCUAAGCCGUCUCAGGACAGAGACCGACCCAAAACAUCUCUCAUCUCCUCUUCCAGCUCGUCAGGUGCCUUAAGCAGCAAAGCCCCCGCCAAGGGAGCCUCCUCUCAGAUCUCAGCCAAAAAUCUGACCCAGCGGCCAUCCUCGGCAGGCCAGAAAACUACUGCCACAAGUGACCUUAACCCUCCCCGAAAGGGGAACCUUUCAUUGCCUCCAUCGAGACCCAGCAACUCUGGGGUGAGAACAAGCGCAGCUCCGCAUUCCGCCCAGGCAAGACCACAGGGGUCGGGUCAAAGCAGACCCGCCUGCUCUGGUCAGGCACGACCUGGCCAUGGCAGCUCUGGAAGGCCAGGAAACACCGGAGGCACCCCUAGGCCUGGAAAUGGAGAAACGGUGCGACCAGGUGGAAACUCUUCAGCAAGGCCGGGGAAUAACGGGCAAAUGAGACCUACAUCGGUAGGUCCUUCCAGACCGGGGGGCCCCCCUCAAGCCAGAUUGGGGGGCCCCCCUCAAGCCAGAUUGGGGGGCCCCCCUCAAGCCAGAUUGGGGGGCCCCCCUCAAGCCAGAUUGGGGGGCCCCCCUCAAGCCAGACCGGGGGGCCCUCCUCAAGCCAGACCAGGCAGUGGUAGCUCCCAAGGACGCCCCGGAGGAGGAGCGAUUAGACCUGGUGCUGGGGGACCCAUGGCUGGGCGGCCAGCCAGUGGUGUAGGCUCCGGGCCAGGGAGACCUAAGUGCAGUGUGGUUGCUGAAACCAUCUCCUCAAAGACCUUUGGUGGAGCCAGGGGAGGGCCGCACAAUCCAGGCAUGCCACUUAAUAGGCCAGGGAUGCCUCCCAGACCUGGCAUGCAGCCCAGACCAAUUAUGAGACCACCAGACCUCUCUAACACAGGUGUGGUUUCUGGGUUGAAAGCAAACUGGCGUAAGCGGACCAAAAAGGGGAAGUGGCUAACUUCAAUUUUCCAGUAGUACAUACUUGUUUUCCUAUCCAGAUAUGGAGUUAUUUGUUAAGGUUGUGUCCAAAUGAAUAC